CCGAGACUUGGAUCGAGGGAAAAUCAUUCCAAGGCAGAACUCGACAGGUCUAGAAAGCUUUCUACAGGUAGAUCUUGAAAACAGCUUUUAUUCUUAAUUCAAUUUUCGAAGCUCCUCCCGGAAAAAAAUGAAGUUCGUUGCUUUGACCGUUUUGGCACUCGUUGCCACCGCCAAUGCCAGGAGUUUCUUGCUCCCAGGAUACCUGCCCGGAGGCCAACAGGAGGUCAACACUGGUGGCUUCAACUUCUAUCCAACAGGGAUCGUCAGGCCAGUUAGGCCAGCACCAGUUGUCCGUCCAGCCAUUGUCGAGCCACAAAUCGAGGAAGAAGAGGCCCCAUGUGACCCCAACAUCGUCGAAGUCCUGGAAGAAGGCAAUUCUGCUGGUUUCUACCCAAUCAACAUCGUGCCCAGGCCACAAAGCAAACCAAGCGUGGUUGAGGUCGCACCAGAGACCAGGCCAGUGAUCCAAGUCCGCCCAGAGACCAGGCCAAGCAUCGUUGAGGUUGCCCCAGAGACCAGGCCAUUGAUCCAAGUUGGACCCCAGACCAGGCCAAACAUCGUUGAGGUCGCCCCAGAGACCAGGCCCCUGAUCCAAGUCCGCCCAGAAACCAGGCCAAGCAUUGUUGAAGUUGCCCCUGAGACCAGGCCCCUGAUCCAAGUCCGCCCUGAGACCAGGCCAAACAUUGUUGAGGUUGCCCCACAGACCAGGCCAUUGAUCCAAGUUGGACCCCAGACCAGGCCAAACAUCGUUGAGGUCGCCCCAGAGACCAGGCCCCUGAUCCAAGUCCGCCCAGAAACCAGGCCAAGCAUUGUUGAAGUUGCCCCUGAGACCAGGCCCCUGAUCCAAGUCCGCCCUGAGACCAGGCCAAACAUUGUUGAGGGGACCAGGCCACAGGUGUUGCUUCCAGUUUCCCAAGUGCGUCCUCAGGUGCUUCCCGCAAUCACGCCAACAGCCCCGCAACCCUGUGCCAUUCCCAGCGAAGAAGAGCAGGUGUUUGUGAAACCCGCCAGGCCCCAGGUGCUGCCUGUUGUGCUUCCGGAAAUGCCGCAACCCGUGGCCUUGAUCCAGGAGUCCGACGGAAACUUGCGCCCACGGAAAACGGAAUUGGGAUUCCUUCAAGUUGUUCCGGUGCUGGACAUGGAAAAUCCGGAAGUUCGUGCCAAGGUCGAAGAGUUCGAAAGACUCAAAGCGAAUCAUUCCUCGUCGGAAACGAAGCUGACGAUGAGCAGCAAAUCAAGUCGUGCUGGUAGCUCAGUCCUGAAAUCGCUGAGCACCAAAACCCUGACCCCGUCGUCGUGCAAAAUUGCCUCGAACACGAUGUUUCACUUUUACUUGCCCACGAUGCUGUGUGUUGAUCCUCAUGGAGGUUUCGAUACUGUUUGUGAAGGAGACUCUGGAGGCCCUUUGAUGAAAAUCGAGAAUGAAAGAUAUGUUCAAAUCGGGCUCACGUCAUUCGGUUCACCCAAUGGUUGCAAUUCUCCUGAACCCCCAGCUUUCACGAGGCUGAAAUGUUUUGCUGAUUACAUUUGUCAAAAGACUGGUGUUUGUCCUUGAAUUUUUUCAUUUUGCAUUAUAUGAGACCUCGAUUUCGAAAUAAACGAAGAGCCAAAUUGUGAUGCGUGUGAGAAUCUUUCAAACAUUAUUUAAUAACGUGAAAAUGAAUCUGCUGAGGUUUACAGAGCAGCAAACCCAUUUUAUAUUCCGCAGAAAAAAAUCGAGAUGAAUUGUUGAUUGGAGGCGC